AUGCGUCCGAAGAAAGUGAGCGCCAAGGAGAGCAGAGAGAGGAAAAAGCGAAUGAUGUGCCUCGAACUAAAGAAAGAAAUAGUGGAAAAACACGACCAAGGUGUGCGUGUCGUCGACUUGGCGAGGGAGUACGAGCGCAGCAGUUCCACCAUCUGCACGAUACUCAAGCAGAAAGAGCUGAUUAAGGCGAUAUCGCCAGCCAAGGGCAUUAAAAUAAUUUCCAAGCAGAGGACGGCGAUCCAUGAAGACAUGGAGAGGCUGCUGGUGGUGUGGUUGAAGGAGAAGCAGCUGGCAGGCGAUACCGUGACCGAGGCUAUAAUCUGCGAGAAGGCGCGAGCUAUCUACGCUAGUUUACUGCAGAAGACCCCAGGAACUUUGACGGACGAGGCAUUAGCCGAGCAGUUCAAAGCUAGCCGGGGCUGGUUGGAUGGAUUUAAAAAGAGGAUCGGCAUUCGCUUUGUCGUCAGGAACGGUGAGGUAGCGAGCUCAGAUAUGGAAGCGGCUGACGACUACCUGAAAACCUUUUCUGAAAUCAUCGCAGCUGAAGGAUACGUCCCCCAGCAAGUCUUCAACUGCGACGAGACCAGACUCUUUUGGAAGAAGAUGCCAAAGAAGUUUUGUGCAACGGCUGAGGAGCAGGCGAUGCCGGGCAAAAAACCCUUGCAGGAUAGACUCACCCUCGCUCUGUGCGCCAACGCCAGCGGAGACUGUAAGAUUAAGCCUCUGCUCGUUCACCUUUCUGAAAACCCCAGAGCCUUUAAGUCCAACAAUAUUGUGAAGGACAAGCUGCCCGUCAUGUGGAGGGCCAACCAGAGGGCGUGGGUCACCAAGCAGUUCUUUGUGGAGUGGUUGAAUUUGGUCUUUGGUCCUGACGUUAAGAAAUACCUCCAGGAAAAUAAUCUACCCCUGCAAGCCCUUCUGGUCCUGGACAAUGCACCUGCUCACCUGCCCAACCUCGAAGAUGAUAUCCUGGAGGAGUUCAAGUUCAUAAAGAUUAUCUACCUUCCGGUCAACGUCACCCCUAUCCUGCAGCCCAUGGACGAGGUGAUUUCGGGUUUCAAGACUCUCUUCACCAGGCACCUGUUCCGCCACUGCUUUGAGAUGACCGAGUACACAGACUUCACCUACCGAGAGUUCUGGAAGGAUCACUACAACAUCGUGAUCUGCCUCAGGAUUAUUGACAUGGCCUGGCAGGCCGUUACGACGAGGACCUUGACCUCUGCAUGGGAGAGGCUGUGGCCCGAGGCCGUGUCUGAAACGGACUCUGAAACUUUGGAACCCGGGGCAGUGAUCAAGGAGAUAUUAUCCCUGGGCAAGUCCAUGGGCCUGGACAUGAACGACAGCGACAUCAACGAGCUCAUCAAUGAGCACUCUGAAGAACUGACCACAGAGGAGCUGAAGGAGCUCCAGAUGCAGCAGCAUGCCAACCUUCUGCAAGGGAUCGGCGACACGGAGGUCAUCUCCACAAGUGAGAUCAAGGAAAUGUUGGGGAUCUGGGAGAAACUUGUGGACUUUAUUCAGAAGAAACACCCGGAAAAAGCUGCAACUGGACAUGCCACGGCCCUAUUUGACUCCCUUUGCUUAACUCAUUUCAGACACAUUCUGAAAGAGAGGACUAAGCAGACCUCUUUGGACUGUUUUGUACCGGACUCUCCUGCAGAUGAGGGUGAGGAAAGCCUCGCCAAAAGGACCAAAAUCAGCGAAUAA